AUGCUUGAUAACAUUCCCUUCUUCCCGCAGAUCGUACUUACUUCAGAGGAAAGAGCUCGUUACGACCGUAAUGUGGCUUCAUUCCUCUGUGAUGCAGUGACUGAGUACUCUUCACCGAGUUAUCUCACCCACGACGACGCCUGGAUUCACGUACGACGUCGCAAGCAGCUCAGUAUCUACAAAAGCGUCUACGGCACACGUGACCCACAUGUGACGCUCUUUAGAGGCACAGGAUUAGUUCAAGGACCUGUGCAGGAUGUUAUGGAUGGACUCUACUGUGACACCACGGAAGGUCUUCGUGCCUGCAAGACUCUACUCAAGUACAAGUUGGUUGACGGCAGUAUUAUGAACGUGACUGAACAAAGAAGCCCCGACGCACCGUAUCGCUUUGCUGGUAUCAAGUGGUUUGCUGCCAAGGCUGCAUGGGGACUAAGUAAACACCGCGACGUGCUCGCUUAUGAACGUAUGGGUACAACCACAGAUGCUAAUGGAAAUGAACUGGCUUAUCACGUGCUGCACUCGAUCGACCACCCGGACUGGCCGAUCGAUGCUAUCAAAGGCAUAAAGCGUGAGCACCAGGUGACAUGUUUCCUAUACCGGAAUUACCGUGAUAACCAGGUUGAGUGCUUCAUUUGGUCAACCGUCUACAAUUUGGACUCCGUUGCGCCGCGUUUAGCCGAGUACGUUGUUGCAGGCACUCUUUUGAAUGUCACCGAAUGUGCCAAAAGUGCGCGUGCUAAGAAGUUCUCGAUGUUGAUGAAGAACGCCCAGCAUAGCAAGUGGCCGGUCAGAUCGCUUUGCCACAUUUGUUACGGUCGGUCGUUUAUUUCAACCAACCGUCCGUGUGCAGGCUGCUUCCAGAGUGUCUGCAAGUCGUGCUCAGACUACCGUUUCAUCUUCCACGUCGACGCCCAGACUGGCCGUCCGCACCAGCAGCGAUUUUGUAAGCUCUGCAUCAACAGUACCGAGGCCAUCGACUCCCAUAAGUUUGAGGCGUCUAUCAACAAGAGGCUCAGUGAAACUGCUGCCACGGAAGAACUUUCCCGUCGUGGCCCACAGACGAUGUCGAACAGCCAGAAUGCGAUUAAAUCCCCAGCAAAGGCGAACCAAAGUUCGCAAUCUGUCGUUGACACCAGCUUGCGAUCAAACUAUCUCGACUGGGGCAGUGACUGGAGCAGCCAAGACGACGAUGACGACGAAUACCUUCGUGAACGCGCUGCGGCCGGUCGAAACCGAUCAAAGAGCAAGAGCAAGAGUAGUCGUAGUGACGCGGUGUCACUGUCUGAUUUGGAUUCAGUGGACAAGUUUUCACCCUACCCGUCUACUCCUCAGUCGCACAAGCAGCAAACGGAGGGACGCAACAAAAGUGUGAAGGAAAAUCGUGUGCAAAAGAAGCAUGGGGCUUCAUCGUACCGGGAGCCUCGACAACAGUACCAAUCACCGAUGGAGCAUACUGCACAAUCUAGGCACUAUCAACAGCGUCCAGAACCUUUUUCUUGCCACGCAAAAAAUGGGCAUCAAAUUCCAUUGCCUCCUUUCCGGUCACCGUACCAGCCAUCGCAGCCCAAGAAACCGAGUUAUACUGGCGGCUUCUCGGUCAUCUCGAAAGACAGCGAUGAUGGAACUGAAGCUGCGUUGAUGGAAAAUGGUCUUGGCUUGAGUAAAUUUGACCUCGGUGUUAUGAAGGCACCUCUUACUGACCUCGACGGCCUCACCCUCAGCAUGGAUUCGGAUGAUGACGACCGUCCUCACAAAAGGCGAGGUCCGAGAUACGGUCGCUCAAGUCACGCGGACAAGGAUGGCUUUCUGUCAGAUCUCUACUCACUGUCACGUUCUAGGAUUCACGGGCAGCACUACUAA